GGAAUUUAUAUGUAAGUAAUUGCCAUUGUUUAAUUGGGGUUUAUUGCCUAUGUGGAUUUUUCACAAAAUUUAAUACAAUUUUAUCGGCAUCUCUUGAAAUUUCUGGAAUUCCAGCAUUUAUCUGUGGAUUUAUUUAUUUACCUGCAGCCGCUAUAAUGCAUGGAAUUUUCCCUUUUAUGUUAGCUAUUGGGAUUGAUAGACUUUUGAGUAUCCUUAUACCUGUCUGGUAUAUGAAAAGAAACAGCAAAAUAUAUUUCUUCAUUGCUUCAUUUAUUAGCUCUUUAUAUAUUUUAUUUGUAACAUUCCAAGUUAGCAAUUAUGUUUUAAUGCCAAAAAUGGGGGCAAAUGAAAGUCUAAAUAUUACUACUGGACAAUUAAUUGACGAAAUGGUUUCCUUUUUUACUCAUUGUUUUUGUCUCGUUUUCUUUGAUUUUGCCUUUAUUUCGUUGACCUUUGGCUGUUAUGUUUUUAUUAUUGCCAAACUGUUUGCUAUGCGAAAAGAUGAACAAUGUAAAUAUUUUAAUUUUAUAUUUUAA